AUGGAAACUCUGGCAACGUCAAUAUCUUGGCAAUGGGCUUGCACAUCAGGUCCAUCCAGUAUUGCAGCCACUAAUCUUGCUUCUUCGACAACUACACAAAAACUGUCUAUUUCAAGCAAUUUGCUUGCUUCAGGAGGUCCAUAUGUUUUCACUGCAACAGCUACUCAGAAUACUAAUAGUUCCCCAAUAACUGGAAGCGCCAGCGUAUCUAUUACAGUGGCUUUAUCACCUCUUGUUAUUCAGCUAUCCAAAGGUAGUGGAGACGUCAAUAAAAACAUAGAUUUUACUAUAGAUGCAAGCAAUUCUAAAGACCCAGAUACUAAUUCAGCAGAUGGCCUAGCCUAUGCAUGGACCUGCAGCAAUCAUUUAGAUGGAACAGCUUGCUCCAUAGCAUCAUAUAGAAAUUGCCCCACAUGGGAAUUGAAUCCACGUGUGGGGCUAUUUUUGGUACGUGGAAGUCGAUGUUCUCCAUAUACCAAAAAUGGCCCCACACGUGGGUUCAAUUCCCGUGUGGGGCCGGUUUUUUUUGAAUUGCCCGAGGAUGGCGCAAAAUAGCGCCAUCCUCGGGCAAUUUCUAUACCUUUCAAGCCAAAGCAGUAGCGCCUCGACAAUUCCUAAAGCAAGUUUAG